UACAUAUGACAUAUUUAAUUCUUCCACGUACCACUAGAAGGAAGCCCACGUACCACAGUUGGAGAACCACUGAAGUAGGCUAUACCUGAAAUGCAACUUCCAUGUGCCAGCACAGGCAUGUACACUCAGUUCUAUUCAAGUUUAUUUGUAUGCCGCUUUUCACAAUAACUAUUGUUCAGAGAUGCUCAAACUAGGGCCAAAGUUGGCCCAUGGUAAGCUUUGAUUUGGCCCACCAUCUAAUCUGAGAGGAGAGGGAGAAUGAAUGAGAUGGUUUCGAGAUUGUCAAUUCAAAUUUAAUGUAACCUUUGCUUAUUUUAAUAUUAAAAGCUAAGUGAAAUUAAAUGUUUUAAUUAGAUGGUAUAAAUUAAGUCAGAUUUUGUUUAAAUGUACAUACUGUUAGCUGAAAAUACAGAGACUUUUCAAGUCAAAAUAAAUGUGAUUAUGUUUUUAUUGCAACAAGUUAUCAUUUAAAAUGUUAUCCUGCAUUAAGUAAUGCAAUUUAAAGUAAUGCUUUAGAUUUAUUUUGUAAUAUUAUGAAAUAAAUGAGGAAACUACCCAUGGCAACUAUAGUUUGGUUUAUUUACCUUCGGCCACGGCUCUCAGUAUUUGGUUUUUGGCCCCUUCAUACGAAAAAGUUUGGUCAAAGACGUGCUCAUUAACGCAUUACAAUCAUAUUAAAAUGAUUAUUAAUUUAAAAUACACACUAUGAGUCUAAUCUGACUUUACUUUUCGGCUAUAUGUAGUCACAAACACCAAUUUCACAAGAAAAAUGUGUCUUUAGAGCACUAACAGUGUUUAUCACCGCUGGGCGCCAUCAUGCAUCUAGGACUGAACCAUUACGGGCGAGGGAGAAAAGAGGGGGGCGGGUCAAAUUUACGUGAACAUAUUUUUAUAAGUAGUAGUUCUUUAGUUUAAUACAGAUCAGAUCAAACGAUUUUAACAUUAUAUAAAGGAAAGACUCUCGCCCAACCAAACACACAUCUCGUAUUGACAACCUUCAGGGAAAUCAAGCAUUAAACACCACACCCCCUCCCCACAUAAUUGCGAUUAUCAAUAAAUAAUUAAUGUUUGUGAGUGAUUCCAGCUCGAAAUUUGACGAACGAGAUAUUGUAAAAUGUAAUAAGAAACUUUUAAGAAAAGAAGAAAUGUUUUUAAACACAGCUAAGAUUUACAUUUUCGGUAGAAAACAUCUAUUUUCUUUUGAAUGGCGCUGCCUUGCGCUGCUGUAUGCAAAUGAGCCAUGACGUCAAACAUUCCAUCGUAUUCUUAUAAUGAUGUAGACGGCAGACCGGCUCAUUCUCUUGCAACAACUCGAGCGAGCUGCACCGAAUCACUAUAGAUCUGCGUUUUACGUCUGAUUUAUGGCGUUUUCAGUUGAUUGUGAUAUUACAAAUAUUCAGUUCGCCGUUGAUAACAAUUCUCUCGAGUUUGGAAAGAAACCUAAAGCAAUGGGACGAGUUAGAAAGAGAGUAAAACAGUUCUGUAACUGGGCCUCUCGGAAAUCCGGGAAAGCCCAGCAGAACCAGUGCACAUCCGAGGGCGACCUCGAGCACCGGAGAUGUUCUGAUGACGAAGCCGGACCGAGCAACGCUACGUUCAUCUCCCACAUUCACACUGGAGCUGGUGUUUCACCAAGCCCAGCACCACAGACAAGAGAGAAGAAACUUAAGAGGCUCUGGAAAUGGUUUUCUCGGAAAUUCAAGAGAACUAGAACCAGAGCCCCACAGAUCCAGCUGAGCAGCCCACAGCCUCAGAGAUCCCCUGACGGCGAAGCUGCGUGUGUGUCGCCGAGGACAGUUCAUGACGAGCGGGUCAACAGGCGCGUGUCUAUCCAGACCCCUGUGAAGACCCCGUCAACAGAAACUGAACGGCACGACGACACUGAAUACUGGGACUUUUCUGUAUCUUCUCUUACCACAGCGGGAAACAGCGAAUCCGACCGCGAUUCAAUGCACAGCUGGCACUCGUGCGCGUCUUCGCUUGGCACCCCGGUUAGUGAAUCUGACCGCGCAUCAGUGUUAAGUUGGCACUCUUGUGCGUCUUCGCUGGGUACCGCGGGCAUCAGCGAAUCUGACCGCGCUUCAGUGCACAGUAGGCAGCCUUGUGCGUCUUCGCUGACCGCUGAACACCACAACGAUGAGGAAAACGCUUCCAGCGAGGACUCCAGCGUGUCCGAGGACAGCACAUCUUCCUCAUCGGAUUUUUGGAAAACAGAACAGGAAACCACAUUCAACUGGGAAGGAAAUACAGGUAGAAUCUCCCAGGACUAUAAAAUCCUUCACUUGAUUGGUCAAGGAUCAACAGGAGUCAUCUAUGAAGGAAUCCGUCUGUCGGAUUGCCGAAUGGUGGAUAUCAAAUGCGUGAAGAAGACAAAAUCAAUGGAAAGGAUCACGAUUGAACCAUCUGACAAGACUGUUCCACAAGAGGUCGGUUUGAUGACUAUGAUGAGCAGAGGUCCGAAGGUUCCUCAAGUAAUACAGCUGCUGGACUGGUAUGAGGCACCAGACCAAUACAUACUGGUGCUGGAGCAUCCCAAAGCAGCUGUGAGCCUGGACCAGUUUGUAUCCUCUUGCGGGAACAAAAUCAGCGAAGCGAAAGCACGAGUGGUGAUGCACCAGGUGAUCACUGCUGCCAACGCAUGCUGCGAAAGGGGAGUCUACAAUAACAUCAAGCUGGAGAGCCUGCUCAUCAACCCCCACACCUUGCAGGUCAAACUGAUGGACUUUGGCACCGGAAGCCGCAUGAAGGAUACUGGCUAUAAAACAUUUUGGGGCUCAAGGGCUUGUAUUCCCCCGGAGUUCUAUCAGAAGGGAAGGUUCCACGCCAAGCCUGCAAUCGUGUACUCUUUAGGCAAACUGUUGUUCAGGAUGCUGUGUGGACGCUACCCUCAUGUGGACCUCCACAAGAUUGUCAAAAGAACCUGGCAGCCUGAAGACCUAUCCAAAGAAGCCGUAGAUCUGAUCUGCUCGUGUCUGCAGAGUAAGCCAGACAAGCGGCUUUCACUUGACGAGAUCCUUCACCAGAGGUGGUUCCAGGUCUUCAUCCUGAAGCCAAACAACAGACGAAAAGAUUAAGAAGAUCAGAACAUCCAGCCUCUUCAUCCAGCCGUCAACACCAAACUUCUCCUCUUCAUCGAUCCACUAACACCGAACUCCUCCUCUUCAUCCAGCCGCUAACACUAAGCUCCUCUUUUAUAUUCAGCCAGAAACUCCGUCAAGCCACGAACAUGGGGCAGUUUGUGGCUUUACGAAGAGAAAAAGCUGAAUGGGGCUGGUGUUUGUGGUUGUGUGGGAAGGAGGAGCUGUUUGGGGCCGGUGUUUGUGGUUUGAUAAAGAGGAGGAGCUGAAGGGGGCCGGCGUUUGUAUCUGGAUGAAGAGAAGAAGAUUUUUUGUUUAUUUUUGGAGAUUGUAAAUAAAUGCUUGUUCUGUAUGUAAUGAAUAAAAAUGAAUACUUUUCACA